AUGUCCGUACCAGUAUCUGUUGGCGAGGAAAGUCAGACCCUAAUCUCCACGACCGGAGGGAGUCCAACGCCGGAGACUUUGACCGACGUAGAUCUCAACGACAGCAAAGAGCUUUUACGGCAGCUAAGGCGACAUAUCGGCUGGAUUUCCGAGUGGGUAGCAAAAAAUAAAUCCUUGUGCCAUUCCGACAACGAAUAUGAGUCUAUAGGAGAGGCUGGUGGGAAAGCGGAGUUAGAUGUCGGGUACUCAACCCAGCCUCCCAAUCCGGUUAAUACCGAAUGGUAUACUUCAUCCUCCUAUGAUUACUGGAAUACCGACAAUAAGGGGGAGGUUCCGAGUCACGAGACGGUGGAUGAAGCAAAAGAUAAUUCAGGUGAUGAGGCUAAAAAACCAAGCACCGUGCCGCAUCACCUAGCCGACGCCUACGAAGCAGCAGCCAAAUCUCUCGGGUAUGGAAGGAUCCCUUACGAGUACCUGGUGAAUCCGGAGGGGUACAGAAACCAGUACUUCGAGGUCAAGAAGUCGCGACUCGGAGGGUAUGGGGCCUUUGCAAAGACGGAUCUGAGGCAAGGCCAGUUGAUUCUUGCAGAACGUCCAACGCUUACAGCAAGCCCUGUGACUUUAUAUCAGGAUAUAGAGUUACUGACCCCCGAACUUCGAGCUGCGUUUUAUCGAAUGCAUGGACAUAAGAGAUCCCCUGAUCAUGACGAGCGACAGGCAAUUUUCCUGACUAAUGCCUUUGCGGUUAAUGAAUCGUCCGUGGUUUACUUUAUUGCGGCACGAUUCAAUCACGCAUGUGGCCAGGCCAGUUCUGUCAAAUACCGUAUUGCUCAGAACAAUAUUAUAGAGCUCCGAACGGCAAAGGACGUGCCUGCUAGUACCGAGCUGACCAUCUCGUACGGAUCGAUAUCACCGAGCAACCUAUACACACUAUGGGGGUUUCGAUGUGCUUGUGGUGGCUGUAGGCCCCUUACGGAUGCUGAAGUCAAGAUAUUAGACAAGAGGGAUGAUGAUGAAUAUAGAAUCUGGUAG